AUGCUGCUAUGGGACCGCAUGCGCUGUGCGCCGGACCCCGAGCAGAGCAUACCGGAUGGCGCCACCGACGACAUCGGCCGCUUCCCCUGGAUGGGCAUCAUACAGCACACCUUCUAUAUGGGCGGGCGCAGUCGCUUCGCGGUGACGUCAGGGAUCCUCAUUCACCCCGAAUACGUCAUCGCAUCAGCUGAGGACAUGGCCCGCAUCCACCCAGAAACUUUAGCGAAUACCACCCAGUUCGUGGCGUGGCACAGCAAAGACGUGAAGUACACCGUGGACGUCAAGGACUACACCCUGCAUCCUGAGUUCGUGGAGGGCUCCACACUGGCCUCCAUCGCGCUGGUGGAGCUCCACAACUACGGCCAGAUCGGGUACAGCGAGGCAGGCAGUCCCAUUCUUCCAAUAUGCAUGACGGUGACAGGGGCCGGCAGCUUAUCAGAUUUGUACGCCAUCAAAAUGACGGAUGUAAAAGGCGAAGUAUUCAAAGAAGCAUACAAAAUGAGUUUCGUAGAAGACAAAGACUGUGAAGAGUUCUAUUAUAAAGCUAAGCUGACGUACAAGAAGAUGCGGCCCAUCAACCCGAUCUGCGCGGUGGUGGACCAGCUGACGACGCCGUGCGUGUGGGACGGUGGUUCCGCGCUCGUCACGCGCCAGGGCUGGGGCUACUGGAAACUAGUUGGCUUCGGCGUCCGCGGGCCGGGCUGCGGCGCGCCCGCGCGGUUCAUCCACAUCCACGACUACAUGGACUGGAUCGACGCCCUGGUCUCCUUCUCCGACCUCGACAUGGGCGACGAGGAGGAGCACAAGCUGUACUUCAGAAGACUCUCUCCGAUCAAACUCAUCAUGUACAAAGGUGAAACCAAGAUCCCUAAGGACCAGGGCCAGUGCGAGCGCAAGGACCGCGGCGGAGUCCUGUUCAAGGACAGCUCGGAAGUCCUCGUCAAUAAGAACUUUGCUCAAGGAUUCUACUUUUUGACAGUGACACAGAUCGCGGGCUUCUACUGCGCGUCUGUGGCGCUGGAGGCCGUGUCCCGCUCCAACGCGGCCGUCUGGCUGGAGCACCACUGCCACAGAGACGUCGUGGGGCUCGCGCCGGGCAUGCAGGGCCCCGACGCACGCUUCUACUGCGCAUCUGUGUCGCUGGAGGCCGUGUCCCGCUCCAACGCGGCCGUCUGGCUGGAGCACCACUGCCACAGAGACGUCGUGGGGCUCGCGCCGGGCAUGCAGGGCCCCGACGCACGCAAAAUGGAGUGCUUCGUGUAUUACAAGUCGAAGGCGUUCCUCGAGUUCCGGUUCUUCUUCUCGUUCCGGGUGGUGAUCGAGCUGACGAUGUACGGCAAGGAGGAGCUGCCGAAGCUGCUGCCCAACCCCUUCCACACCACCGAGACCACCAACAACUGGUUCCCCACCGGCAUCUUCAGCUCGGAGUGCCCAUAA